AUGACAGAUACGCCAUCCUCAUUAAGAUCAGUCUCCUAUAACUUCUACUUCGGAAAAACAAAAGCUGGGACCGUGAAGGCCGAUGAAUGGCGCACCUUAACGACAGCAUACUUACCCAUAGCUCUGGUUAGCUUACGGGGUGAGGGAUCUACUCAUCGCACCUCGGAAAUCGCAGCCAGUCGUCGUGCCAUCCGUGAUCAUACGAUGACCCUUGUAUCUGCCGUCCACAUUGUAUGUCAACGAUCUAUGACGACCGCGCGAGCAGAAGCAUACCGUGGAUACAUUGUCGACUGGAUGAGGGACUUGCAGGUAUUACUUCCACAUGCACCCCAUCGUACGAAUGGCCGCAUGGCGUUACAUGUCUGGGACUACCUGCAGCUCUUCGGUCCCAUAAGGUCAUGGUGGUGCUUCCCAUAUGAGCGUCUCAUCGGGCAGCUGCAGCAGUUGCCCAGCAAUCACAUUUUCGGUCAGCAAGAAUCAACUCUUUUCCUCUCAUACAUCAAGGCAGCAAAGUUCAAAUGCUGGCUGAACGGACCUUCUUGUCCUCCCAUGUUUAGGGAGGUGAAGUCUCUAUUUGAUAGAUCUGUGUCUCCCUCCAUUGACGCCAAUCCUAUUUCUGUGUCCAAAGAUCACCCACCUACACCACAACAAGUUAUUCCAGAGGACCUCCACCGACUCAUCCAAGUUCGGCGGGCAGUCUUGCAUGCUCGCACACUCCACAAGGGAUCCAUCUAUACCCGUGACUCCACCCAUGUGGGCAACAGCCUGAUCCUCUAUUAUCCUGGCUGUAUUAGGAACGUGCAACCGACACCGGGAAUCAUCAAGUAUAUUUUUGAGACGGAGCGAGUAGUGAGCUUCGCCGUGCGACGUCACCUCCCUCAGUUCCGCCACUAUCCUCACUUCCCAGCUCGUUUAUAUUUCUCAGCGCUUGCUGACCAUCUCGAAACUGUCGUGCCUGAGGCCUGCGUGGGUAGUGUCGCAUUUCGCGCGAUGGAACUUCUCUUCACAGCAUAUCGUUGCUGUGUCUUUGUGUAG